CACGUCGUCGGGUAGUGGGUACGGGGGUACUCCAACUAUGUGUAAAUACUAAAUAGUUAACAUUAACCACUGCGACUGCGUUUCAUAUUUGCAUCGCCCUUCGACUGCUGUCCGAUCUCAGAGGUCAAUUCAUUUUUCCAUUGCCUGCAAGAAAAAGGAACUCACGAUGGCUGAUGAAAAGUUAAGCCGCAAGAUGGUUUUCCCAUACACAUUCACAGCUAAGGCUGUCCAGUUUCCAUUCAAACUACACUUUAACCAUCAUUGGAUGUUCCCAUGGUUCAUUGGUGCAGCUGUAUUGGUUUCGCCUGUAUUUUAUUUAAUUCAAAAAGCUGCCAACUGUGAAGCUAAUGUUAAGAUAUGGGCUGAGAAAAGGAGGAAGGAAGAAGAACACUACAAACACAAAUGGGAUUAAGCAACAUUUGAGAAGCUCUGUAGAAAAUAAAAAUAAAACAACUGUCAUUCAAAAUUUAAAUGUCAUUUCUAAUAGUGUUACUGCGAGUUUUAUAAACAUAUUUAAAAUAAAUAUAAUGUAAUAUACAUCAUA